AUGCGCGAAGGAGGGCGCGGAGGACGAGGACGCGGAGAGGCGUCGCGUCAAUCGCGUCGUGCGGCGGGGCUGCCGCCCGAGGAGCAACCGAUCCUGGAAGAGGUUCAACGCAAUGCUCAGAGGGUUAACGCUGAAAAGCGGAAGGCGGCCCUGGCCGGAGAUGGGUUUUCGAACCAAGUCCAGCCGGCACCCGAGCCGGCCGUCCCAGAUGACGCGCAUCAAGUAUCGAAGGACGGCGAACCCGAACGUGCUGACGCGGGCGAUGAGCCGAAGACCGCUGAGGGGGAUCCCGGUCAGGGUGAACCCAACCAGGCGUCUGAGGGAGGCGCCGACGUGGAUGAGCCCCAGGCGGAGGAUGUGCAGCCGAACGCGCAAGUGUCCGCUGAACCCAAGCCGACGCUGUCUGCCGAGGAGGAGAAGCCGGCCGCCGUUCCUGCGAAGGCGGUGACCCAACUCUCGGUGAAGGCCAGCCGGGGUAACCCGCCGGUGGAGUUGCCGGCCGAGCACUCAAGUGUCCAAGCGGCAAAGACGUACGCGGCGUUGCAGACGUCUCGGUGGGAGAGAGCCCGGCCUGGGUUCACACUUCCGCCGAAUUACCUGGCGUCCAAGGUGGCCUCGCAGGACCCGGUCAAAGUUUGGUUGGCCGACCUGGCACCCAGCCGGCGAGACUUGUCGACUGCCCAGGACCUGGCCGGGGUCCAGAUCCCAACCGGGUUGCUGGACUCGCGGGAGUGCGUUGCGGUCCUGCAGACGCUCCUGUUCGAGGACGGGUUCCAGUUCGUCAACGUGGUACCGGCCUGGGUGGAGAUGCGAGUGUCCAAGUUGGCGCCGAUGUCCAUCCGGACCCUGGUCGGAGAUGUCCAGCGACUGCUUGCGGUCGAGCUCAUCGAGUGGCGCGAGCUGGUCGUCGGAGCGACGUUCAAGGUCCUGCCAGCGUUAGAGGGCCAAGCGAAGACAGAGAAGCCGCCGAUCAUGGAUUGCCACGCGAAAGACGCGGAUGGAGAUCUAUUGAUAAACGACUACGAAAUCUUACUGGGCCGGACAUAUCGUCCGCAGCAUGCGCCACCGAGGGCCGAGAGCUCUCUUGCAUCUCCGCCGUCCCAGUUCGAGUCGCUGCCGUCCGAGUUUCCGUCGGUUGAGGGGUCCGCCCGGGAUGCCCCGGCCAGAGGUGCAACUUCGGACCCUGUCCCGAGCAUAGUUGGCACCUCCGACCGGGCUUCCUACGGCGCGACGUCCGAGCCGUACGUGUCCAGGAACUCCACCUCGGACUCGUCGAUCUCGACGCUCGGGUACAGCGCUGCGUCGCACAUGCCGAUGCCCCAGUUGGGAUCUUGGCGAUGUGGCCAGCCGGGCGACAUCCCGAACGCGCACGUCAACGAGGUCCCAGACGUAUCGACGCUCAAGGUCAUCACGAGACCGAUCCCCAUCCAGGUGCUCGAGUCGAUCCAGGCGCUCGUACCGGUCCACCCGGUCCGGACGGACAAGCCUGUCGGCCCAAUCGGGGAUGGCGGAGAUGGCGGUGUCGACCUUCCACCAGGUCCAGCAGCUUGGUGCCGAGCUGUCGAAGCUGUGUCGACCGGGAAGGACCCCGGUCGGGAUGCCGAAGCCGGGCUUGCUCUGGCCAAAGCCCAACGGGAGGCACGCGAAGCCGAGCGACGGGCCCAGGAGCUUGAGCGACACCUGCAUGAGGUCUACGCCCAGGCGUCCCAGGCCGCCUCGCAGUCCCUGACGGCCGAGACCAACGUCGAAGCCGCUCGUCUUGAAGCUGCGCGGACCGAGAAUGAGCGUGUGGAGGCAGCCGCCGCGGAGUACAUCCGCCGACAGCUAGCUGAAGCCGACGCGAAGCACGCCGCCGAGAUGGCCGCCCGGGUCGGGCAGGCCCAGCAGGACCUGGCCGCGUUGGCAGCCAGGCUACAGGCUUCGGAAGUCGUGCGUGCGCAGGAACGUGAGUCUGCUCAGAAUAUCCAGCGUUUCCAUGUGGGACAGAUACGUGACCUUCAAGCAACAUCUGCCCAAGCCCAACCUGAACGGGGAACAUCCGACCCUAAUCGGGCAACUCCCAUACAAAUGGGAAGUGACAACCCUGAACGGGCAACGGGCGUAAUCACGGGAAACGCAACGGUCGCAGGUGCACAGCCGGGACAGAAGAACACGACCGAAGCCGGUUGGGAACAGCUACUGGCGACACUGCCGGAAGCCGACGUCGCGCUUAAUGCGGCGCACCGAUCUACUACGGCGACGCAGGUUGCCCCGACGGGGACCUCCCGUCCGGGGACCAAGACGGCGGACGAUCGCAAGAAGGCACCGCACAAGGAACGCCGCCGGGAUCGCGACUCGUCCCCGGAUUCAGGCUCCAGUUCCUCGAGCUCGGAUGAUGACAGCUCCAGCUCGGACGAUAGCCUGGACGAUGAGGACACUACACCGACCGUGGAGUCAACUACGAUUGGGGAUGGCAAGACCUCCUGGACGUUCCGCCGGUAUGUCAACUCCAGCAUGCUGGGUCAGUUCGAUGAGAAGGCCCCGUUGGGAGAUCGACGUACCUGGUGGGAGAAGUUCACCAACAUUUCCGUCCAGGGUGGUUGGUCCGACCAGACCAAGGUUCGAGCGCUCAAGAUGAAGUUGUCGCCUGUCGUCCGGAAUUGGCGCGGCCAGCUGGAGAAGCACGUCCAGAGCAAUUGGAAACGCUUCGUCCAGGAGUUCCGUCGCAAGUACUUGAAGCUUCGGACAUCGGAGUCUGAACGGUACUAUACCAUGCGGCAGAAGACGUCUGAGACCCCGAUGGAGUUCUUCUACAGGCUGAACGAGGCUGCAGUCAAGGCGGGGAUCAAGUACCGGAAGUCCAAGAAGGAACGCAAGCAACACGUCAAGCGUUUCCUGAAGAACCUCAGGGACUCCCAGCUGAAGGCCAUCCUGGCUAACCAGAAGAUCCACAGCCUAGACGACCUCGAAGACAUCCUGGAGCAGCAGGAGGACCUGAACGUGGAUGGGGGUAUGAUACGCCACCGCCCAGGCGGGACUUCCGAGCGGGCAACAUCCAGGAUUCCCGUUUCAAGCCGAGGCACCGUGCGUUUGUUGCAACUUCGGACGGGGAGGGAGUCCGGCUACGAAUCUGAAGGUCGGGUGUGUUUCGAGGAUGAAGUUGAAGAAGCCAAGCCGUCCCAAGCGGAGUCGAAGGAGUCCAGCCGGAUCGAAGUCAUCCUACAGUCCGGACAGAGAUACGGAUGGUGGGAGGAUCACGAGCCUGAAGAGAAUCAUGAAGUGACGAUAGUGCAUGGGGCGGUGAACGAUCUCCGAACGAGGAUACGCUUGGACACUGGUGCAUCUGGAAGCAUGAUUAGCUUGGACCUUGCGCGUAGGCUCAAGCUGAAAUUCCGGAUGUUGCCGGAGCCGAUCAGGGUGUCCGGAUUAGGAGGUGCUCCCACGAACAUUACGUCGUACGCCCGGGUGAAGAUCACUCUGGGAUUCCGCGUGGUGUAUGUGAUGAGUGUCUGGCUAGCGAAUAUCGGCGAAGGAUUGGAAGUACUUCUGGGGAUGAACUUCAUCUAUGCGGCUGGAGUGCGGUUGAGCGUGCGAGAAGGACUAGUGCAGCUCCCGGACGAAGAAACUGUUGUGAUGUGUGACGGUCCGCGCCGCGACAGAGUGGGCUUGGAUCUCCCGGUAACCCCAGAUGAGGGGAUUUAUCUCCGUCCGGGGGAACAUGCGAUCGUGAAGAUCGUGUAUGCUACCAAGUCGUUGGCGUCUUCGGUGAAAGUGGUGAACAUCUCCAAGCAGAGAGUGUGGAUCGACAACCGGACUCCUGUGACCCGGAUCGUCGAGUUCGGACAUUUUCCCCGGUUUGGGAGAUUUGUCCGGCCGGGAAGCAAGCGGUAUCAGGAGUGGCAACAGCUGAUCUACGAGAACACAGUGUCUCCGGAAGCAGAGGCGCGUGAGCAAGAGCACAUCGAGCUCGAGUGGAGUCGGCAGCCCCCAACCGUAGAAAUACCGCAGCGGGAAUGGCCGACCAGGAUUCCCCUAUGGCCUGAGUCGGGGUCCCAGACGGACCGUCUGGUGAUGCCCCAGCAGGGUAACACUGAGCCCCGGGCGGGAUCCGUCGAGGGAGUCUCGGAUGGAGAUGAUAACGAAGCCUAA